AUGUCGCGGAUUGAGAAGCUCUCCAUCUCCGGCGUCCGAUCCUUCAGCCCGGCCUGCCGCGAAGCUAUUCAGUUCAACACCCCACUGACCCUCAUCGUUGGCUACAAUGGCUCUGGAAAGACGACAAUCAUUGAAUGUCUAAAGUAUGCGACAACCGGCGAACUCCCGCCCAACAGCAAGGGCGGUGCAUUUAUCCAUGACCCCAAGCUGUGCGGCGAGAAAGAGGUCAUGGCCCAGGUCAAGCUUCAGUUCCGUUCCAUCAACGACCGCCAGCAUGUCGCCACCAGAAGCUUACAGCUGACGGUCAAGAAAACAACCCGCUCACAGAAAACUCUCGAUUGCUCUCUCGUCGUAGUCAACAAUGGCGAGAGGACCACCACUUCUACCAGACAAGCCCAACUUGACGAAAUGAUUCCCGAGCGACUCGGUGUCUCGCCUGCCAUCCUCGACGCCGUCAUCUUUUGCCACCAGGAUGAGUCUCUGUGGCCUCUCAGCGAACCUUCGGCCCUGAAGAAACGAUUUGACGAAAUAUUCGAAGCCCUGAAAUAUACAAAAGCCAUCGAAAACCUCAAGGUCCUUCGCAAGAAGCAAGUCGAGGAACUCGGCAAGCUCCAAAACGAUGAGGCCCAUAAUAAAGUCAACAAAGAUCGAGGCGAGCGUGCUGAGAAACGCAUGACCGGUCUUCAAGCCGAGAUUGAAGCCGCGCGCGAAAAAUGCGAGGCAAUCACGACAGAAAUGCAAGACACACAAGACAAAAUUAAACAGAAGCAUGAACAAGCAAACAGCUUCUUGCGUAUUGUGCAAAAUCUUAGCACUAAACGCGAACAGCUUGAGUUUCGUCAGGAUGCGGCCGACGAGCUGCGGGAGACGUUCGACGAGCUUUCCGAAGAUGACGGAUCUCUCGAACGCCAACUCGUGCAGUACGGAGAGAGCAUGCGCCGCCAAAGUGAAGAGGCGAAUCGAAACAAGACGCAAUACGACGACCUCCAACAAGACCUUGUCAAGUCCCGUAGAAAUCUUUCUGCCAAGCUUGCCGAGCAGGGUAAACAUCAGUCUGAUAAGGACAAGCACGAGCGUCAGUUGAAGAUGCGCAUGGAAAUGGUGCAAGAGGCUGCUCAGCGUCAUGGAUUCCGCGGCUACGACGAUGACUUGACUGAUUCGCUCAUCAAACAAUUCAAUGACAGAAUCCAGAAGCUUCUCGCCGAGAAAAAGCGAGAGCUGGAGCGCCUGCAGAAAGAAAAUGCCGCGGAGCUAGACAAAGCAUCCUCUACCAUCUCAGAGCUCGAAGGACAAAAAGCUGCUCGAACUCAAGAUCGUGUUUCUGCCAAGCAGCGUAUGGGAGCCAUUGAAAAGCGGACGACUGUGCUACAGAACGAAUCCUCGUCAAUUGACGUCGACGAAGGUCUGAAAGCUGUCCUUGACGGCCAGCUGGGUGAGCUGGAAAACAAGUUUGCGCAGAUUCAGCAAGACUUUGAGACGGCCGCUUGGGACAAGCAAAUCUCAGAGGAGAAUGCAAAGCUUUGGCAACUCGAGAGUGAAAGCGAAAAACUAGGAAGAGAACUCAUCGAAUGCACCCGCCUCGCCUCUGAACGAGCACAGCUGGACUUCAGAAAGAAGGAACUUUCUGACCGCAAACUCAAACUCACUACGCUUACCGAGACUUGGAAAUCGAAACUGGACAAUGUCGUUGGUGACAAUUGGUCUCCAGAGGACCUAGAGGCAAAAUUCCAAGCAUUACUCACAGCCCAGACUAAAGCACUUCAAAUGGCUCGACAGCAACAAGAACAGACACGUCAAAAGCAGGCCAAGGUGGAUUACAAGCUCAAAACAGUCAAGGAGCACUGCGAACAGAAACAGGCAGAGCAGAACGAGUGCAAGAAGCAAGUCCUCAAGGCACUCCAAAACGUACGAGAUUCGGCUGUGAUAGAAGACUACACGGAAGAGGUAUCGGCAACAGAGCAGCAAAUAGAGACUUUGCGAGACGAUCUCAGCCUCAUAGACGCCCUCAAAGACUACUAUACCAAAUGCAAGCGGGCGCUUGAUGCAAAGAAGACCUGCCUUCUUUGUGAUCGUCACUUUGAUGACAAUCAGUCUGCUAGUAUCGACAGGUUGCGCGCCAAAAUUGACCGUCACUUGAAUUCCAAAACGAAAGUCGAGGCCGAGCAGGACUUGAGUGAGGCUUCUUCCACACUGCAAUCUCUUGUUGCCGUGCGAAGUCAGUAUGAUACGUACGAGAGAUUGGGCAAAGAACUUCCUGGGCUACGCGAUGAACGCAAGUCUAUCGAAAGCGAUUACGAAUCAAUCGAGAGAGUGCUUGAAGAUCACGAUGCCGUUGUCACGGCAGAGGAAGAAAGGCAGCGAGAUAUGGACGACAUGUCAAAGACUGUCAGCAACAUUGCACAGACUUUGAAGGAUAUUCAGGACUCCGAAAACCAGGUCGAGCGCAUUGCUUCCCAGCAGCAAUCUGUUGGCACUGGCCGUAGUGCUGACGAAAUCCAUGAGCUCCAAGGCACCGUUUCGGAGCAAAUGCGUAGCUCCAAGAACCGCGUCUCAAAACUCACAAAUGACAGACAGCGAGCUCGAGACCAGAUGAGCACCCUCGAACUGGAGAAGAGUGAGUUGCGCAACAAGAUCAGUCUCACCUCGGGCCAGCUCGAUAAAAAGAAGGAUCUGAUGAACCAAAUACAAAGUCUGAAAGAAGAGCAAGUCCACCAACGCGAAGCUGUGCAGCGCGCUGAUGAGGGGCUGGAAAAGGUCGAGCCUCGAAUCACGGAAGCACGCGCUAUUCGUGACGAGACUUUAAAGCGCGGGAGGGCAAAAGAGCAGACCAUUACGGAAAGUCGAGACUCAGUUGCCACGUCCAUCAACGAAAUCAAAAUGAUUGAGUCUGAUAUCCAGGAUUACGAGGAUCGCGGCGGUGCCUCCAAUUUGGCCUCGAACCAGCGAGCUAUUGCGACUCUGGAGCAGACUAUCACGACGACGGAAACAGAUAUCGCAGAGUUGACACAACGGACAAACAAGCUGAAACAAGACAUUGAUAAUGGUGAUCGUACAAAGAAGAACAUCAGUGACAAUCUUAACUACCGCAAGCACUUGAGGACGCUGGAGGUUCUACGAGAAGAGAUCACUGAUCUAGAAGAUCGGAAUGCUCACGAAGACUAUGAGCGUUUGCAGGGUGAAGCGCGCGCACUUGAGAAUCAGUCCAAUAGGCUCUUUGCGGAACGAGGCUCGGUCAUGGGAACGAUGAAGACCAAAGAUGAGGAACUGGACCGUCUCCUCAAGGAGUGGGAGAUGGAUUAUAAAGACGCAAAGCAAAAGUAUCGAGAGUCGCACAUCCGCGUGGAGACGACCAAGGCGGCCAUUGAGGACCUCGCGCAGUGCGGUGCUGCCGUGGACAAGGCCGUCAUGCAGUUCCACGCGAUGAAGAUGAACGAGGUGAACCGCAUCGCCGGCGAGCUGUGGCAGAGCACAUACCAGGGCACCGACAUUGACACGAUCCUGAUUCGCUCCGACAACGAGGGCACGACCGGCCGGCGCAACUACAACUACCGGCUCUGCAUGGUCAAGCAGGACGCCGAGAUGGACAUGCGCGGGCGCUGCUCGGCGGGCCAAAAGGUGCUGGCGAGCAUCAUCAUCCGCCUCGCCCUGGCCGAGUCGUUUGGCGUCAACUGCGGCCUCAUUGCGCUCGACGAGCCGACGACCAACCUCGACCGCGACAACAUCAAGAGCCUGGCCGAGAGCCUGCACCACAUCAUCCGCGCGCGCCAGGCGCAGAGCAACUUUCAGCUCAUCGUCAUCACCCACGACGAGGACUUUUUGCGGCACAUGCGCUGCAGCGACUUUUGCGACAGCUUCUUCCGCGUCAAGCGCGACGAGAAGCAGAAUAGCGUCAUUUCGCGCGAGAGCAUCACAAAGAUUUUCUAA